AUGGACUCCGGACAAGGUGCAUUCCUCCAGGAGAAGGUUGAAUACGCAUUUGUGAUUAUAUUCACCACCGAAUCUUUCCUUAAAAUUGUCUCCUACGGUUUUGUACUCCAUUCGGAUGCUUACUUGCGGAAUUUCUGGAACAUACUUGACUUUACCAUCGUCGUCAUCGGUCUUUCAGCAAACACUCUUGAUAACAUGAACGUGGACGUCAAGGCACUCAGGGCAUUUCGCGUCUUGCGGCCACUCCGGCUUGUUUCCGGCAUGCCGAGUUUGCAGGUGGUGUUGAAUUCAAUUCUGACUGCUAUGCUGCCACUAUUCCAUAUCUUCCUUCUUGUCGUCUUUGUCAUCAUUGUGUACGCGAUAGUCGGUCUCGAGCUAUUCCAAAGCAAGCUCCACAGGACCUGCUACACCAACAUCAGUGGAAAGGGUAAUACAUGUUCUGUUGUAAUGCCUAUUCAAGUCACUCGGAUUCACGAGACGAGUGACGUAUGCCAAAGGAGUCAAGGGCUUAAAUGCUUAAUUGUUGAGUUUACUUUCAUUUCGAGUGGAAGUGUUGGGUGA